CUCAGAGUAGAGGGAGCAGCCCCAGACAAAGCGGCGAGAAACUUUCACGCUGAUAAUCACCAGUCCUGACUCACCAAGCAUGGAUUUACACCAGACAGAGCUGGUGAGGUAGACUCGGCACCUUUCUGCGGGGAUGAAAGCGACAUUGGAGUGAAUUUGAAGUCCUGCUGCUGCUGAAUGGACGAGCUUAUUUUCUCUCUGAGGGUCGAUCAUGAAGCUUUACAAUGCAACAGGAGUCGUGUGUGACCGCUGGUGACCCCCCCACCAGCUGUUUCAGUGUGGAUUUCUACCUCAACACAAAGGACGUAGAGUAAAGGCGCACAUCAUGGUACCCAACAAGUGGAUUAUGCAUCCAGGUCUUCACAAAUCGCCUCCUAGAAGUUGGCUUGGCAUCCGGCUACGUCUCAACGAGAAGCCGCCUCAGGAAGAGGAGUGUGUGGUGUGCCAGCAUCCAGACUGCACCGAGCGCCGUCACGCCUCAAAGGUGUGUCAUCACCCAGACUGCCAGGAACUGAACGGUAAAAGCCCUCUGCACCUGUGUGAGUCAUGUGAUUCUCGCUGUCACCUGGAUGACUCUGACAGCAUGCACUUUGACAGGCAUCCUCGCUUUGACAUACAGCCACAAGGUUCUAUCCUGGCGCGGAAUGUGUCGACGCGUUCCUGUCCACCUCGCACGAGCCCCCCUUCAGACCUAGAGGAAGACGAGGAAGGAAGCACUGAGCGAGGAGAACGCAAGACUGGAGGUAUGAAGCUGAAAGGAAGAGACGGAAAGAAGCCCCGGCGACGCCACACUGAUGACCCCAGAAAGGAGUGCUUCAGCCUCAAGUUUGACCUCAACAUAGACAUUGACACGGAGAUCGUCCCCGCUGUCAAAAAGAAGACGUUACAAGAAGUGCUCGGACCAAUUUUCGAGCGCAAGGGCAUUGAGUUAUCCCGAGUCCAUCUAUUCCUGGACCAGUCGAACACUCCACUCUCACUCCAAUUUGAGGCGUAUCGUUUUGGAGGACAUUACCUUAAAGUAAAAGCUCGACCCGGCGAUGAACUGAAGGUGGAGCAGAGCGUGAAGGACCUGCGCUCUCUCAGUCUGCCCAACAUGAAGCCGACAGGAGGGGGCAGCGUCUACAUCCUCACACCGGGCAGUGAGAGGGCAGAGCACGGGUCCCUGCCGCGGCGGGAGAGCGUGGCCGUGGACAUACUGGGUCCGAGCCGUCGGCGGAAGAACAUGACGGAGUUUCUGGGCGAUGCCAACAUCCCAUGCCCGGACACCCUGGCCAUACACGGCGGGGCUUUACCAAGCGCGGCUCCAGGAGGUUCACUGGCCGGUGUGGCCGCUGGUCCCGACAACUGGAAGAACCGCGCCACCAGCCGGAUCAGCGUGUUCUUCGGUGCCGGAGCUGGAAAGGAUGUGGACCGUGUGGAGCUGCUUCAAACUAAGUUGCAGGCGUACUCCCAGUUUGGUCUGCCCAAGGUUCCUUCUCAGCUCGCCUUUCACCAGGAUUCCUGGGAGGAGGAAGAGGAGGAGCCAAACCUGACUCUUGAGGAAAGCUGGAGGCAACUGCUGGAUGACCCUGAGAGUUUAAGUAGACGCCAGUUUCAACAGCAAGAGGCAAUAUGGGAACUGAUCCAAACCGAGGCUACGUACAUUAAGAAACUCAGGGUCAUUACUGAUCUGUUCCUGUGCGGCCUGUUAAAUCUACAGGACAACGGUCUCCUGUGUGAAGUAGAGCCCGCACGGCUAUUCAGCAACAUCCACGACAUUGUACAUCUGCACUCGACACUGUGGGUUCAAGUCAUGUUUCCGGCGCUGGAGAAAGCGAGAAACACACGGAGCUUGAUCGACCCCACGGACCUGCAGCAGGGGUUCAGUACGUUUGCGUCCAGGUUCCAGCCAUAUAUCCGGUACUGCAUGGAGGAGGAGAGUUCUAUGGAAUACAUGCGCUCAAUGCUGAGAGACAACGAAAUUUUCAAGAUCUACAUUACGUGGGCAGAAACGAAUAAACAGUGUAACCGUCUGAAGCUGAUGGACAUGCUAGCCAAACCGCACCAGAGACUCACCAAAUACCCUCUGCUCCUGAAGACCAUCCUGAAAAAAACUGAAGACCAAGUCUCCAGAGACGCGCUCAACAGCAUGGUGGUGUAUGUGGAGAGCUUCAUCAACAGUGUGGACUCUCAGAUGCGACAGCGUCAGGAGCAGCAGAAACUGGCCGCCAUUUCGGCUCGAGUGGAGUCGUACGAGGCCGUGGAGGGAGCCAGCGAGGAGGUGGAGAAGGCUCUAAAGGAGUUCAGCCGAAUUGACCUGAUGGCACCGAUGAUUGACACGGCACCAGAAGAGACCAGGCAACUGCACCUGGAGGGGGCGCUCCGCAUGAAAGAGGGCAAAGACAGCAGGAUGGAGGUUUACUGCUUUCUUUUCACUGAUCUGCUGCUGAUCACUAAACCAGCGAAGCGUUUAGAGAAGGUGAAAGUGAUCCGACAGCCUCUCCUCCUGCAUAAUGUGGUGUGCCGAGAGCUCAAAGACCCAGGCUCAUUUGUCCUCAUCUACCUCAAUGAGUUCAAGAGCGCUGUGGCUGCCUACUCUUUCCAGGCCAACAGCGCCACCCAGGGGCGAAGCUGGACUGAUGCAAUUUGCAAUAUCCAGAAUCAACUGCAGCGGCUGCGGUCAGAAGAAGCUCGCAGACAGAAGGCUUGUCUGAAGAAAAAACUAGAGGAGGAUCAGGGGGAAGACGAGGACAGCUGUAACUCCACUACCAGUUCACCUCACCUUAGACACAAAGAUCAGAGCAAUAGCCAAUCAGAUGGCUCCACAGAAACCUUGUCAGUGAUGGAUAUGAAUGAGUCUGGAUCCUCUUUGGAUCGCUCUACUCUUCAGUCUGAUCUAGGUGGGCAUUCAGACCAUGAUGCUGGUCUGUCCUCCGUCUCAGCGCAGGCCCAACACCAGCAGGCCGCAGACUUCGAGCCCCAUCUGGACAGUCAGGAGGGCUCAGACCUGGACCCACAGUGCCGUUCCAUGUCCAUGGACAGCGCCUACGGGACACUCUCGCCAGAGUCCAUGGUGGAAUCACAGAGUCGAGUGGCCCCGGUGGAGGAAGACGACUCCGAGGAGGACAAGGCGGAGACCACGGGUGACGAAGGAGAAGGUGAGGAGAAAGAAAAUGUGGAAGAGGAAGACGAUGAGGAAGAUAAAAGCUCAUUUGGAUCUCAGAACUCAGUGGCGCUGUCUCUAAAGCCCAGGCGCCGACCCCACGUCCAGUGUCGGCUGCCGUUUUUGGAGAGACUUGCUGUCAAAUCCCGUUCAGAGGAUAACCUGCUGUCCACAGUUCACCAUUGUAACCCGGGCAUUGCCAGGGCAGCCACAGAUUGCACAGGAAGUCGGCACACAUGGGAGCAGAGGGUUAAAUAUGUAGAAGGGACGCUCAGCAGGAGCCUGACGGAGCUCAACCCCGCUGAACCGGACGAGUGUCUCCCGACGGAUGACGAGACGGAUGAAAGCCACAGACUCACAUGCAGUAUGCCCUCAGGCAUGCUUUUGGACACAUUGAGACGGGCCAGAAUUGCACAUGAGGCUGGUAGCAACCAGAUUCCCUGCAGUGCGUCAGACGGGGAGCUGUCGCCCCCUAGUGGCACGGAGAGAACGGGCCACAGUGAGAGACACCCGCAGCACAAAAAACUCACACUGGCCCAGCUCUACAGGAUACGCACCACACUGGUGCUCAACUCAACGCUCACAGCCUCAGAAGUGUAGCAUCUUCUGGCACUGAUGUUUUCGGGACGACAUUGUGAGACUGAAUUCGGGACACAAAUGCACUCUACCCAAUGAGCUCUCCUCUCCUCUCCUCUCCGCUCCCUCUUCCAGUCGGAUGGACUCCUCAUCGUGUAGCUUUCCUGUCAUUUCUCUGCGGGAGGGGAGGAGCGCAGACUCAUUAACUCGUUGCACUUUGUAAAACACAACUACAACUAUCUUCAAAAGAGGUCAGCAGGGCCGUACAGUUUUCAGAACGAGAACUCCGAGACCAAACGAUCAAAGGAAAACGUGUGACCGUGGGACGUUUGAGCUUACGACGGGUCGUGUGGAUGCUAAGAGAAAGUAGAAAUGAGAAUAAAACGCCACAUCUUGGAUUCCCUCACCACCCUGUUUUCUUUCCAAGAAUGUUUCUGUAAAAAGGACCCUUUCUAAGAAUAUUUCGACAAAGAGGACGCAGGUGAUUCACGUUAACUGCACUACUGGAUGUGACUGUGUUUAUGAAUGAGAAAGUGUGUGAAUACAAAGGUGCGUGUGUGUAUGACUGAAUGAGUUCUAGAUCUUGACCUAAACCAAAUCACUGUUUGACUUUAGAUAACUUGAGUAGCCACUAAGGCACGUUACACAUUACUUUAG